AUGGACGUCCUGCAAGUGAUUGUCCUACACAACCCACCUAAAAGUAUCUACCACAAAUACAGACUGAACGGCUCUAGCCUAUUACAGAAAUCAGUUUCAAAGCCGAAUUCCGCGCAUUUCGUUCAGGCACAUUCGUCAGGCGUCUGCGACAUCAAAAGUCGCCAGCUGCGCGCAUCGGAUGGCACCGUUGCAUCAACGUCGAACGGAGUUAAGCGGAUGCAGCCCGUGGCACCUGCAGCUGUGGCGAGGAUGGCCAACGCUAUGUCGCAUAGCGGCAUGCCACCGAUCAGAAGCGUAAUGUCUUCGCUACCAAUUUCUUGCACUCCCCUGAGUUGUUCGGAGGCGCAACAGCCAUGCAACUCCCUGCAAGCACUUUCUAUAAACGACACGGUGAUGAUCAAUAGCAAAAAAUAUACAGUUUUAAGCCUUCUUGGAACAGGGGGAUCUAGCCAGGUGUACCAGAUUUUUGAUCCCGUGAGGCGUACAUGCCUGGCGUUGAAAUGCGUUAAUUUGUCCGGUGCAGACGAGUCGGUAAUUACUGUGUACAAAAACGAAAUUUUUCUUCUCACUCGGCUCAGGAAUUCAGCGUCGGUCGUCAACAUGCUUGAUUAUGAAUACACAGCAGAUGGCCAAUAUUUACUUAUGGUAUUAGAAAAAGGUGACACCGAUCUCGGUUCUUUCAUUCAGUCUCGUUCGGAAAGGCCUUCUUUGGCUAUGAUCGCUUAUUACUGGAUGGAGAUGCUGAAAGCAGUAAAGGUCAUUCAUGAACAAGGAAUUGUUCACGCUGAUUUGAAACCGUCGAAUUUUCUGCUGGUCGGCGGUAACUUGAAGCUAAUCGACUUCGGCAUAUCAGAUCAGAUUCCGGACGAUAGAACAUGGGUCACCAAGCAGAAUCAGAUGGGGACGCUGAAUUAUAUUAGUCCUGAAGCGAUCAGUAGCGAAAAUCCCGCUGAAUUUAAGCUUAAAGUUUCGUUCAAAACGGACGUGUGGUCGUUAGGUUGUAUCCUAUACAAAAUGGUUUACGGCAAAACACCCUUCCAAGAUAUUCCCAGUGUCGCCGGUAAACUGUUGGCGAUCACCAAUCCGGAAGUGGCCAUAGAAUUUCCCGAUGUGGGCGACAAGAACCUCACUGAUGUCAUGGAAAAGUGCUUGCAACGAAACCAACGCCUUCGUCCGACCAUCAACGAGCUCAUGAGGCAUCCAUUUGUCACCAGCUGCGCACCUAGACAGCAGUUCGUUCCGUUCAAGGUCAGCGAUGAAACGUAUGUACAGUUAGCAGAGGAGGUGCUAGGGAGUUCGCCGAUUACUGCCGCAUCGAAAAUCAAGGCCUUUUGCACGAGAAACUUCAAUGAGUCAAUAUCGAACAGUUGA